AUGUCUCAACAACUUUCGCACGACCCUCGUACUGAUGUUGGUACAGUCGCCAUGAGGGAUCUGUACAUGAAAACCGGCCAAGGUUUUCUUCUUGUAUUCAGUAUCACAUCGUCUUCCUCCCUAAGCGAACUGGCAGGUUUGCGCGAAGAAAUUAUCCGCAUAAAAGACGAUGAAAAUGUACCUCUUGUUAUUGUCGGUAACAAAGCCGAUUUGGAGGAGAAUCGCGCUGUGCCCCGAGCCAAGGGCUUCUCCAUCUCACAACGAUGGGGCGCACCCUACUAUGAGGCUAGCGCGAGGACAAGGACCAACGUUGAUGAGGUCUUUAUCGAUCUCUGCAGGCAAAUGCUGCGUAAGGAGGACGAACAGCACGCGAAUGACGGACCCAAUGACGACUACAAGUAUGAUCACGGCCGGAGUUCUCACAGACGUCAACGACGUCGCCGAAAGAAGGAUUCACCGCGAUGUGUGAUCCUGUGA